CAAAUGAUGGGAUCGGAAGCGUGGGAGCUAGAACGAAGAUACUCAGUGCCUGGGGCAUUAGACACCAGAGGCUUAGAGCCUCCAGCCAGCGAGGACCUUCAUGCUUGGUCAAUCUACAGACAAAACUUGAAUUCUGAUUUUACGGAUUCAGCACUUGGAUCAGCAGAAAAAUCUCCUCUCCCAUAUGGAAAUUUUCAAUUGAGAGACUCCACAGUACAGAGUAUUCUCAGACAUCCAAGAUACGGGCCAAAAAGUCCCUUAGCCAGCAAUUCAUACACUUACCUAAAAUUUGGUCUUCCAAGGGUUCUUCCACCUAGUUCCAGAAAUAGAGAUGGCUCUAGUGGUUACGAUUCCAGUGAAGAAGGUCGUAGAAUAUCUCAUGCAGGAACUUCUGCACAUGGAACUUCUGCUAUGAGAUCUGCUAGGAGUGAUCCUGAUUUUAGACAUGUUCAUGCUGUUCCUAGAGAACAUGCACAUUCUCAGUUGACUGUUUCAAGGGAAAAUCCUAGAUUGAGAAGUGUCAGUGAAGCGAAUCUUCUUCACGGAAGUAGCAGAACGAAUAGAAGACAUAGUAUCGCACCUAUAGAUCCAGGAUAUGGGGUUCAUGAACUCAGAGGUCAUGGGAUCCUGGGUCCAGAGAGUUAUACAUUACCUCUAAGGCCAUGUCUUCAACAUCCUCAUCUUCAAUUACGAGGUGUAGAAGCUUCAGGAUCUGAUGGUUUGCCUCUUUUGCGAGGAAUUACUUUAGAAGCUGGAGCAACCGAAGUAUUAGCCAUUAUGGCUACUACAGAGAAAGAAGGAAAAUAUAUUGUGGAAACUAUUGCUGGACGAAAGAAAAUUAAAAGAGGAGAUAUUUUGCUAAAUGGAAGAUCUGUAUCUUUUAGAACUUUAAGAUCUCGAGUUGCUUAUUUGUCGACGGAAAAUAGUUUAAGUCCAGGUUUAACUGCCCAACAAACUUUGAGUUUUUAUAUGCUUCUUAGAGGAGGUCCAAAUACUUCUAAAUUAGAAGCCGACGCAAUUCUUCAGGAACUUGGUUUAGAAGCAACCAAGCAUUGUCUUGUGAAUUCAUUGACAACCUCCGAAGCAAGAAGGUUGGCUUUGGCGUGUCGUUUAUUACAAGAUUCACAUAUUCUUGCACUAGAUAGGCCAACACAUGGUUUGGACAUUUUCGACGCUUUCUUCCUCGUAGAAUAUUUGAGACAAUGGGCUAACAGAGGUCAAAGAUUAGUGGUAUUGACCUUACAUCCACCGACUUAUGAGAUACUGACGAUGGUAUCAAGAGUGGCACUUACGUCCGGUGGAAGAAUCAUGUAUUCCGGUCCCAGAAGGGAUAUGUUGCCAUAUUUUGCUCUUGCAGAAUUUCCUUGUCCCCCAUUUAAAAAUCCUUCUGACUAUUAUCUUGAUUUAGUAACACUCGAUGAUUUAUCUGCGGAAGCAAUGCUAGAAUCCUCCCAAAGAAUCGAUCAUCUAGCUGAGCUUGCAAGAACCAGGCUCCCAGCACUAAGUGAUCCUGGUCCACCUGGAGCACUUCCUCCUUCCAUUUCGAGUCCUAAUAUAUUUUCACAGAUUUACGCAUUACUUCUGAGGACUCUAAUCUAUAGUCAACCAUGGACAUUGACCAGAUUACUUAGAAAAAUAGUUAUUUCUGCCUCUUUAAGUAUUUUACUUGGUGCAAUAUUUUGGGAUGUAGCUGGGGAUUCAAAUUUAUAUCUUAGAGACCGAAUUGGUUUUCAUUAUGCCAGUUUAGGAAUCUUCUUCUGGCCUUUAACUUUAAUAGCUAUUUAUGAAAUAGCUGAUUACAGACCAAAUGUGGAAAGAGAUAUUAAAGAUGGCUUAUAUGGAAGAUUUGUGUGUAUUUUAAUAGAGCUGCUCUGUGGAAUACUUUCUUGGUGCAUAAUUUAUUUGAUCUAUUUGGCACCAGGUUAUGCUAUGUCUGGUCUUCACCUAAUACCAGAUGAAAAUCUAACUUCCUUAUGGAAUUAUCUUGGAGUUGGUUUACUUUAUUUAAUGUUACAACAUUUAAUCUGUAUAUUAUUUGCUCACAUUUGCAAAUGGACAUAUUUAGCUUCUUUGUUUUCUGGCAUUGUAAUUGGCGAGAUGACUUUAGCUGGAGGAGUGACCUUGCAUAUAGAGAAUUUGCCAAACUGGUAUCAAAAAAUUAGUCCAAUGCAAUGGACUCUGUCUUUGUUAUUACCUCCACUUCAUCAAGCAGAAGUCAUGAAUAAACUGACAAAUUGUAAACCAAAACAAAUUCAAAGGCAGGAUAUUAUAGUUCAAGCUGCUUGUGAACCACCUGAUGGUAUAUUGGCAUUGUAUGAAAUUGCACUGCAUAAGUUUAAUGUAAGAGGAGAACUAUGGCUAGGAAUAGGAAUAACUAUUGUCAGUAUCCUAAUUAUAUUAGUAUUCUUAUGUAUUAGAUAUACUACUCCUAAGAGACUUAGGAGUGCACCAAACAAGCCAUAAACAUAAAAUGCAAUAAUUUAAUGACUGAAUCAACAUCAUUCUCAAUUCAUAAAUAUAUUAUAUCUCUAUAUUUUUAUUAAUGUUAGUAGAAUAUUCUUAAUGUUAUAAUUUUAUAAGUACAAUAUAAUUUAGCUAUAGAUGAAAAAUAUGAUUAUUUACUUCAUCAUAAAAUAUAGGUACUUUAUCAUAUCAUGCUCAUAAGCUUUGAUAUGAUUUGUCUAUUAUCGUUAUUGCGAUUUUCUAAAGUAAUAGACUUCAGAAACUUGCAAAAUAGACUCAUUUACGAAAUUUCAAAGCUUGAUGAGCCGAUACAUUUUGCAGUCUCUUCUCCAAAUAUCUUAAAAUUAUCUAUUUUUUGUAAUGAUAUAUAAUCAAAUCAAUCAAUACAAAUGUUUUUAUGAAAUAAAAAAAAGAAUUAUUGAA